AUGAAAUGGGAAAAAAUGCUCGAGCUUUACAAGGCAAUAAGCACAACAGUGGUGCUACAAGCUUUGCUAAUCGAAGAGUUGAUAUGAAAGAGAAGAAAGGAGUGUUUAGCGAAUUGGCAUUUUUCAAAUCAGUUUACGCCAAAGAAGAUGGAAGCUUUAAAGAGGGCACACUUCCUCAUCAAUUUGUGGAGGAUGCCAACAAAAAGGUCCAAGAAAAUCUUGCGAGUUCCUCUUCUUCAAAGCCCGUAAUUGAAAUUGAGAAUGCAGUCUUUAAUGAGCUCAUGUAUAAAGGUGAAGUACCUAAACGUCCUCUGAAUUAUGGAUUUGGAGUGAAGCAAAGCGACAUCUUUGGAGUGGAAGGUUUGCUGAGGAAAGAAGGGUCAAGCUAUGUUAACAACAAUGCUAUGGAAGUGGAGAACAUGAAAGGUGAAAUAUCAGUUGUCAAGAAGCAAAAUGUGGACCUUGCGCAACAAAAUCAAGUUCUAAACACCAAGUUUGAAGAAACAACACAAUCAUUUAAAAUGAUUGCUUCUUUUUUGGGACAAGUUUUGAAGGAAGUACGCAAAGGGAAUGUUUCAUCGAACCUUUUAGAUGGUGCGGAAUCAGCAAUAAAUAUGAUUACUGAUGAUUCUGGUGGCAAUGGUGACAACCAGGCCGAGAAAUGAGACUUUAACACUAUUGCCAAAUGCAAGUUAAUUUCAUAUGGAAUUAAUUAACUGCAUUUCAUGCUUUAUAGAUAAACUUAUAGCUGAAACAAGCUUUAUAGUUGUCGAUUAUUUAUGGAUGAUGGUGAGAUUAGAAGGUAGAUGUUUAGAUUUAGUAUUAUCAUAAUAAGGUAUUAUGUUGAUAUUAGCUGAAACACGAGUUUGGUGUUAGGUCUGGGUUGUUAACAAACUAUGGUUUCUGUUAGUUAAUUUAUGAUGC